CGAGGGCGGCUGCGCUGUGUAAGACUGCGGAGGACCAGUUUAGCGAAGCCCAGUGGAGAAUUGCAGCAACGCAACUGAAAAGCUGUGCGCUUCGCUUUACUGUAUUAUGGCAUCUAGGAGAAUGGAGACUAAACCAGUGAUAACCUGUCUCAAAACCCUCCUCAUCGUCUAUUCCUUCGUGUUCUGGAUCACAGGGCUGAUCCUCCUGGCAGUAGGAGUAUGGGGAAAGUUAAUGCUGGGACCGUACAUCUCCCUGAUUGCAGAAAACUCCACCAAUGCUCCCUACGUCCUGAUCGGUACCGGCACUGCCAUCGUUGUCUUCGGUCUGUUCGGCUGCUUCGCCACCUGCCGCGGCAGCCCAUGGAUGCUCAAACUGUACGCCAUGUUCCUGUCCCUGGUUUUCCUGGCAGAGCUGGUGGCAGGCAUCUCCGGCUUCGUCUUUCGCCAUGAGAUUAAAGGCACCUUUCUGAGGACAUAUAGCGAUGCUGUUCAGAACUACGAUGGCGAGGACGAGAAGAGCCAAGCUGUGGACAACGUCCAGCGCAGCUUGCGCUGCUGUGGGGUGCUGAACUACACUAGCUGGUUCAACAGUGUGUACUAUCUGGCCAACGGCAUCCCUGCUAGCUGCUGCACUAACCUGUCUGACUGCAGCCCUCUGGAUCUCCGCAACUCCACCAUCGCCCCCAGCAAGGUGUACCAGCAGGGCUGUUACAAGCUGGUCACCGCGUUCAUCGAGACCAACAUGGGCAUCAUCGCGAGCGUGACGUUUGGAAUUGCUUUCUCGCAGUUGAUUGGCAUGCUACUGGCCUGCUGUCUUUCGCGGUUCAUCACCGCCAAUCAGUAUGAGAUGGUGUAGCACUGAAGGUACAUGGUGGAUGAGGAGGAAAACCCCACAAUGAAAGACUGGGGAAGGGGAGGAGUGCUAGCACACAACAUUCUUAUUUCUAUUUUCCUCUUUCUCUCUCUUCCUCCCUCUCUCCCACCCUUCAUUGUAUCUUAUUGUAGUGCAUCAUUCCACAGCACUUUGUCAUAUCUUGAAGUCAAAUUUCCUUUUAGGACCUUAUUUCCACUAAAAAUAAACUGACAGGAUUAGAAGGUCCACCUCUGUGGCCACCGAGGCAUUGCUGUCUUAUGCUAACGAUGCCGUGGAUGUGCAUGUAGAACUGCAGAACAGUCCGUAAGUUCAUUUGUAGAGCACUAACUACAUUUCUAUGAAAAUGAGAAAACACAAAACUGUUUUCAUUCAUUUGCUUUUUACGGCCUAAGUAUUCAAAAAUUAAAGAUAAUUUUGUGAGAUACUUAAAAACAAAAAAGGAUAAACUCCAUAUAAAUAAUCUUGUGUUUUAUGGGAGUAGUCCCAGAUUUGUUUUUCUUAUCAACACAUACCACGUAUCUGCUUUCUGCUGCUAUAUGGAGUACAUUUCAACAUCCUGGUUCAAAGUAAAUACUGCUCAAACUGAAGCUGUGUGAGUUGCUGUCUAUGGACGUGUCCGUGUUGCUUUCUGAAACCUCUUUGAUUGGGUUCAGCUGGGUCCAGCCCUCAGUGAUCUCUGCCUGCUCUGUCCCACUCCAUCCAGAGGCACAGUAUUACUCAGCAAGGGAUCGUUGCCGAAAUAGCUUGUCCGGUUUGGUCAGUUCAUACUGUUCUCUGCUAGUUUAGUACUCUCUAUGUCAAUGCUGACUUCCUGGUUCCUAGCUUCACUCUGGCAUGACAGGGAGAGACAAAAUGCUAAUUUCAGUCAUCAGUCAUCACCAUAACCUGAGUCACUCAUACCAGGGCUUGUUGUGAUGGAUCGUGCUCCAGAGUGAUUCUAAUGUGGCAGUUAACGGCACUGUUGAUGACAAAGAACAGUAAGGGAAGAGUGCCAUCUUUGUGUUUUUUCUGAUGGUGUUGAUGUACACCAAUCUCUCAUUCUGAAUGCAGAAUGCAGGUUGUACAGUCCAUCCAAAUGAACUCAUUUUGCAGGUUCACAAGUUUCUGCAUUCAGAUGCUAUUUCUGAGAUGUCUGAAUCAUACAUGCGCCCGCUGUUCAGGAAAAGUCUGUCACAGUGUGUGACAGGUCAGGAAGAUGCACCUGUUUUCUUACAGAGUGGACUACACCAACAGGAAGUAAUGUUGCCAAUACUGAGCAAAAUAACCACAGGGAAACGUGAGGAGUCUUAUUGUGUCUUACUGCGAUUGGCUUAGUGGGCCUUUCAUAUUGUUGAGGGGGGGGGGGCAGGUGUAGUGAUGAUAACACUGGUGGAAGAAACCACAUUGUCCAUCAUUCACCAGAGCUCUCUUUAAUAGUCUUUUUUUUGUCUGUUAAUCAUCUGAGCAACAGGGUAGGUGAUAAUGCUAAAAUUCCUUUAUAAGUAAAAGUAAGUGAUUGCAAACAGAAGGAUUCAGAGGCACUGCUCAGUGAGGAAAACAAAUAAACAGGUGGAAUCUCCAUGUGAGUCCUGACUGUCUGAAGUUUAGAAAGUCUAUUCCAAUAUAAAAUACCUGGAGCUGGCAGCAUCACUUCUGAAAUCACAGCCUGACAAGCAGAGGUAGGCUGGUAGGAACAGAGUGAAUUGGGGAGGGUUUUUUCUAAGAACUGGCAAUGGGAGGGGCUGACAAUGGGCGGGGCUGACAGUGCGUGGGGCUGAUGAGGCUGAGAACACUGAGUCACUGGUGGUGUUAUUUAUUUAAUAAAGCUGUGAUGUAACUCAGGCUGGGGGAGAUUCACUAUACCGCCGUUUGUAUCUCUGUGUAUGUGUUUAUUGCCACAUUAAAGUUGUCAUGGCAGCUGCAGCUGCUUAGUGUGUUGUGGGUGGAUCAGUAAUAAAGUAUAAGCAACCCCUAGAAAAACACAAUGUAGAGGGUAGAUUUGUCACUCAAUCUUGUGAGAGAAAAAAAACCCCACACACUGGACUUGCAAAAUAAUAAGAAUUUGUACAAAAACUUUUUAAAACUGUCAUCACCAGCUAGCAUGCCAACAAACUAUGUUGAUAUUGUAAACGAUUGUGAUGUCUGUAUUAAUAAAAGGGUCAUUAUAACUUUG